AACACUCUUCGCUAAAGAUAUAGGUACUCAAGAGAUUAAUCGACUGCGAUUAGAUUAACGUGUUUCUAUGUUGUUUUUUUUAAACGAUUCGUAUAAAUAAAUGGCAAGCAAAGCAAUGUUCGGUCAUCAGUUGUGUUUGUACGUUCGAACGAGGUGUUUAAUUUAUUUAUUCUUUUUCUGUAACACUAAGUAUUUGAAACGCACCAAAAAUGGGUAAAGUUAAAUUGUACUAUGCAGAUGGAGGGCCAGCUUCGCGGGCUGUUAUCUUAGCUGUGAAAGCAUUGAAUUUGGAUGUGGAAUACAUCUUAACCGACUCACAUGCCGGCCAAAACAAGACUGCUGAAUACAUCAAAAUGAAUCCACAAUCAACUGUUCCGACUUUAGAUGAUAAUGGAAAAAUAGUUUGGGACAGUCAUGCAAUCACCAGAUAUUUAGCAUCCGCUUACGGUACGAGUGGAAGCCUCUUCCCAAAUGAUCCAUACCAACGAGCCGUCAUUGAUCAGCGUUUGCACUUCGACGAUGGCGUCCUAAUGACACGCUUUGGCAAAGCCGCCGGUCCGGUGUUCCGUGGACUCGCCAAAGAAUACAACAAAGACGAUUUAGAGUCGCUGUAUGCUGCUCUUGAUAUUUUGGAAAUUUUCCUGAGCACCGGGCCAUAUGUUGCUGGCAGCAGUUUGACUGUGGCUGACUUUAGUCUCAUUUCGACAGUGACAACCAUAGAUAAGUUUAUUGGACAAUUGGAUGCUGGUCGAUUCCCGAAAGUGGUGGGCUGGAUUGAAACGAUGAAGAAGCUUCCAUAUUUUGAGGAAGCGAAUACUAAACCUUUGGACAAAAUGUACCAAGGAUUGAAAGCUCGAAUGGGUUGAUUGAACGCGAUGAAAAAACAAAUAUAUUUUGCAUAA